AUAUUAUGGUUGUAUCCAAGGAGAGAAAAAGGAAGAAAAACCUACCAGGAGUAAAGUUGGCUUUCUUCUCCCCUCAGCCAUUAUAAAUGAAAUAUCUUUUUCAACAAAAGUCUCACAAAAGUAUGAGAAUGAUAAUACGGAAACAAUGACCAAACAGGCAGUGCUAAAUGGAAACGUGAAGGAGAGUGCGGAGGCUCACGGCACCAUUCAGACAGAGAAAGUGGAUGAAGUUAUAAAAGAAUGGGAAGGUUCAUUCUUUAAAGACAACCCCCGAUUGAGGAAAAAGUCUGUUUCUCUUCGAUUUGAUCUCCAUUUAGCAGCCACUGAUGAGGGCUGUUUACAGAGCAGGCAGGAUAAUCUGCCAGACAUUGAAGUCAGGCUUAUCAUG